UGAGGUUGGCCAAGCCUGCAGAGGCGGCGGCUAACCUCACUGUGUCUCGGCCAGCUGUCGCUGCAGGCUGCUCUCUUUGCUUCCAGCUGCUAAGCUCUGCCUCGGCUUCGCCAGGUGCCAAAAAUCAGCGCAAAGAUGCCGUCACAUCCAUCUCAGUUAGAGCACGCUAUGGAAAACCUUAUGUUCACUUUUCACAAAUUCGCAGGCGACAAGAACUAUCUAACGAAGGAAGAUCUUCGGCAGCUGAUGGAGAAGGAAGUGCCGGGAUAUAUGGAAAACCAGAAGGACCCAAUGGCCAUUGACAGGAUCAUGAAGAACCUAGAGGAAUGUCGGGAUGGAAAAGUUCAUUUCGAGGGGUACCUCUCUCUGAUCGCUGGGCUGACCAACGGCUGCAACGAGUAUUACGUGAAGAAAAUGAAGCCGACAGGGAAGAAGUAUUAAGAUGGGAGGCAGCUUUCCGUCCUCCACAGCACUGACCACACAGUUGGGCCUCUGCCAAUAGCUCCCAGAGAACCUACCUGUCCCUCCAGAGUCAUCCCAGUUCUUCUUAAAGGUGCCACUUGCUGCCUCAAAUGUAAGCGCAGUCGGGUGCAGGAGAAUCGAAAGGUCCCUAACCCCCCUUCCAAAAUGUUUGAACCCUCAAAUCACCCAGCCAGGAACCCCAAAGUCAGCUUGCCCUUAACCUAUACUCCUCUCUACCUGUGCUAUGAAAUAAAACAUUCUGAAUGGAGGAUUUUUUAAAAAAAACAAAAAU